AUCCACGCCAUUCUGCAUCGCACCCCCAAUGCUUGCUCUUUGGGUCUCUCCUAGAGGCACUGAGACCCUCACGCUGUGGUCAUACCACCAACUUUACCCGCGAAAUGUAUAACAAUGCUCCAUUGAUAGUUAACUUGGGUUCCACUUUUCAAGACUCCGAUACUCGCCCUAGGAGCUCGCCACCACGAAAUAAGAUUGGGCCCGAACCAUGCCUCAUUGAACGAUUACCUUCCACAGCUUUUAUCCAGCGUGAGGCUCAUUUCAUCUUGCCCAAAGCCGUCAUCAAGCAGUUACGUCGGGAACCCAGUCCCACUGUUGAAGAAGAAUGGCGCGAGGAAGCUGAAGAGGCUGAAGAGAAUAGCACAGAGCAGAGCCCCGACGAUGAGAAUGUCCAUCCUCGACCUGCUCACACUAGGCGGCGUAGUGUGUCUUCUAUACUCUCUUCAAUAUCCUCCGCCACAUCAAAGUCUGCAUGGAGUAUUUCGUCACAGAGUAAGGUCAGCAAGGCUUGGAAAGAUCCUGAGCCGUAUGAGGUCCUCCGUGCAAUUGAAAAGAAGGAUAUUAUGUUUCUAAUGGAGAUCCGAGAUCGCGCAUUUCAUCUACUAGUACGGAAAUCUGGAGGUGCAACGCCGCUCCUGCACGCUAUGCGAAUAGGGCAAUCCCAUCAGGAUGUAGCCAUUCUUCUUUUGGGAGCAUUUUCGCGAUACGUGAACCAACUUCAAGAUGAAGACAUUUCGAAGCCAGCAACAAAGGUUCUUCUGAAGGCACUUCGCGCGAAUUUAAAGCUUGCAAUCGACUUUGGACUGGCGACCCAGCAAAGUGACCUUAUUGCGUCGUUCUUGCAAACACUCAUCAUGAGUGAAGGUGACAAAUGGGUCGCCAAUCAAGCUUCCAGUGUAGGCCUUGCUCUUCGUGCCGGUAGGGAAGGCAAACCAGUCCAUACGGCCGCCGCUGCUGUACGAAGUUUCGCCACCAAAGAACUUGGCAAAGCAAAGAUUAUUGCUGCGCUUGAAGAUUAUGUGGCGAAUGCUACAGCUGAUUUGUUGAUGAUAGCUGCGUGGUCAAAUGUACUGGAUGCUAUAAAUACAGAUGAUUCAAUACCGACAUAUUACUUUGCUCGGGACGACCGGGUAUACAAGGCGUUUUGUGACCGCCUGGAUCGACACAAACAGGUGAUUGAACGAAAAGCGAGUCGUCGGUUGCGCUGGCAACUUCGAGUGCUGCGGAAAGUCAUGGAAGGCCGCACGACAAAUUAUAGGAGUAAAGUCGAGCUUCUGGCUGAAGAGUUCGAUGAAGGAGAAGGUGUUUGACCUACAUCACAUCUUGAACUGUACACAGUCUUUUCAAGCGACAUGUAUCAUACCAUAUAUCGGCCACCAUUCAUACCCUGGAGUACUAGCAUUCGAGUUUGGUGUUAUACAAUGCUUGAAGCUGAAGGUCAGUGGUCAGUCUUCCUUUUCAUCCUGCUCGUACAAGGUGCCCUCCGGAUGCAAGCCCACAAUCCGCAGUGGCGUAUCAUCGAGCACAUAGUAAUUGGCAUUCUUGCGGAACUCCCACUCCAUGCAUGGCUUUCGGCUUUACAACCGAUCAUCCCACCACGGGAGUCCAGGCAUCCUCUGCAAGUGCCGCCCUGAGAAGGGUACAUUCUCCAUUUCCUGUCCUUGUUACGUAGCUUUCAUAAGAGUAGGUUUAAGUGUUACUAUAUAGACUAGAAGAAUAACUUCAUCCCCCUGUAAUAUACCCAGCCAUAUACAAUGACUAAACUUAGGGUAGCAGG